AUGGUAAUCAAAGAACAUCAACUUAAACUACCAAUGAUCCUAAAUUUGAUUCUCAUGUUUUUCUACAUCACUGUUCCUGUAACCAACGGCGUCGAAACAAGAAAACUUGACGAGACAACAAUGCCUACAACAAACGGCACUGAUGUAAAGUGUGCACCAUCAUGUGGUGGCUACGCUCCACCACCGCCUCCGCCUCCACAAAACUGUCCCCCACCACCCUCACCACCACCGCCGUCUCCAAAGAAACCACCCUCACAAAAUUGUCCCCCACCACCCUCACCAUCCUCCUACAUAUACAUAACCGGACCUCCGGGAAACUUGUACCCCAUUGAUGAGAAUUUCAGCGGAGUUAACUACCGCCAUCACCAGAGCCUCGCCGCUGUAUUGUUCUCACUCGCGGUUGCUUUUCUCGGCGUGAUUAAGAUUUAG